AGGGAAAUGUUUAGUUAUUAGUUCUGUUUGAACCAAAGAUCUCAUGAUUUUACUGGCAUUCAAUUGAUGGGAAACUGCUGAUGUUGAUCCUACACAGCUGUCACAUUGUGUUAAAGAAACCACCCUUCAAGGACUUAUGCCAAGUCAUAUGUUAUGGGAAGUGGAGCACACAGUACAGUAAAGAAAAGCAUAUGACUUAUUGCUACAUUACACAGGACAUUCCCAUACCUCAGUGAUUUUGCAAUAAGACGUGUGAGUGGUCUUUUGUGGUUUCACGCUUGAAAGAAAAGCACAUGAUGGCACUGCACGCAGAUCAUGAACAAGUGAUUACGCUAAAAAGAGAACUGACUUGUUAUGACUAUGACGAAACUCUCAGUGUGUCAGAUCUGGACAGCUGGUAUUACACUUCAUCUGUCACAGCAUGUCAAUACUUAGUGAUUAUGUUUAGCUGUCUCACCUACAAGUACUGUGUGCCCAGCAAGCACACCUUUUCUAUUGUCCACGCUGACUGUGAUUGGCUGAUGGGCUAAGAGGCUGAGGUGUUGCAGCAAAUAGCACAGCUUGUGGGCCGGUCCAUUCUGCAGCUCGAGGGAGGUUAAUGAGUGAAGCCACUGGGCUAUCAGCCAAACAUGAGCAGCAACGCUAAGGCUCCCACAAUGAGCCUGACUGUAUUACCACUGAGCUCUGUCUAAUUAUACACUCCCAGCGAGGGAGAGAGUGACAGAGAGCAUGUUAGGCAGGGGAAAGAAAAAGUUAUUAAAUGUUGCUGUGUGUCAGAGAGACUUACUGAGGGGAUGACUGUAGACUGAAGUUAUAACAGUGAGAUAUAUACAAGGUGUGUGCUAGCAAGGAGAUAGAAAGAGAGAAGGAGAGAGAGAGGGAAGGAGGGGGUUGGAGAGAUCAAGCAAGAGAGAGACAGAGAGCACACUCACUCAGAGAGAGAGAGAGAGAGCAAAGAGGCGUUUAGAAAGUGAGAAGGAGGAGAGGCAGGAAUAGGAUGAAGGGAGGGAAGGCUGAGCAGUAGAGAGGAGGAAGAGACUCGCAGUGUCAAAACUGGAUAUUCCUACGUGCCUGCUGCCGCCUGAUCCAAUGAGUAAACUCUCUGAUACCUGCUACGCAAAGGCACCCGGCAAGGUAUGUGACCACACUGCUUCCUCCUCUGAGUGCGCGCGUGUGUGUAUGAGAGAGAGAGCACAGGUGUGUUGGCAACUUCGAGUGACAGGAUAAACAGACUGGGCUGUGUGAUUCCAUUGCCCCGAAAAAACUGGUUCAUGAGUUACUGUAGGUGCAUGUAUUCUGAGAGUAAGCUAAUCUGAUUAUAGCUAGAAAAUGUGUUUCAAUUGUUUGUGUGUGCGUGCAUGUGAAUGAGCAUGUUGUACAGACUCAUGUAAGUCAGCACCUAUGUGUGUGGGUGUUUGUGUGCGUGGAAGAGAAUAACAGAGAGCGUGUGAACAAGAGGGAGAGUGUGACUGAUCCAGAGAGGAGUGUGUGAGAAAGAUGGAGUCAGACAGAGUGAGAGAGGUGGAGGUUCAUCACUCAGCCUCAGACGGCAGAUCAGGGCUUUCAGAAUUAGAGCAGUGGGCUUAAAUAGCCUUGGUCCAGAGAUAGCAAGGGGGCCCUCGAGGAGCCCACUUAAAUUGGGAGGGAUGGGUAUAAUAUUGGUGAGGGUGGGGUUAGCCCAUGUGGGGGAAAAUUUAGAAAGGGAAUGAUGGAGGAGGAGUAGAGGGGGGAAAAGAUUUGCAGAUGUUGGGGACAAGUCUAGGAAAGAGCUCAUGCAAUCAAAGGCAGGUGCAUUAGGCAUCUGUGAUCUAAGUUCCUAUUCAAGCAGUGUAAGAGAUGCUUUAUAAUUAUUCACUGGAAGAACUUAUAAAGUCCCUUUUAUUAUUUUUUUUAAUUAACUUCAAAAGUCUACUUAGUUAAAGACUUCGAUUUUUUCUGUUUCUGUGUUUUCCUCCUGAAAGCACAGAACAUGUGAGCCAGUUUGUAGUUCCAUUAUUGACUGCUCCCUCCUCAUUUCUUUCCCAUUCGAGAUAGAGAUAGAGGGAGACUCAUACUCCACCAGUGUGCACAGUUAUCAUUUCUGUGUAUCUAUUUCUGCUACAUCAAGCACUGUCCUUCUGUUGUGGUGACAUCCCAUAUGCUGCAUAAAGGAACAUUUCACAGGUUCAAACAAUUCUCAGCUACAGAUGUGAUUGAAGGGAAGCAUAUAACAUUUGUCCCCAUCGACUUAAUUUACUUACUUCAAUUAUGAGGGUGAUUUGCUGGAGUGUACAGGAAGUCUUAUGUCUCAGUGUGAUUGCUUUGAGAGAUGCUUGUUUCUGAAAGGAACGUGAGUUUCAUCUACAAGGUGCAAUCGCUGCUUUGAAUUUGUCAUUUGCAAUUUGAAGCAGGGAUCCUCUGGUGUAUCAGUGCAGGUUCAUGCCAGAGCAGGGCUCUAGUUGUAAAUGGGUGUUUUCAAAACCCAGAUCUCCCGUGUUUAUUUUGUGUUAUAGCAACUUUACAAGUCAAAGCCUACGGCUCUAUGAUAUACUCCAGUGUACAGAGAUGUGCCCUUAUGAAUGAUGUAAAGGCAAACUGAAUGUAGCGAUGGUUCUAUAUAUAUUUUGGGAAAGAGAAAUACAACUUUUCUCUGUGGGCUGAAUUAGAAAUACAGCAUGUUCUCCCAUGCCAUGUUUCUUAGAGUACUGUCACCAUGCAGAGGAGAACAGGCCUCUUGUGGGAGAAGGUUGAGUGGCUGCUGGCCCUUUAAGAGGUCUAUUUUUACAGGGGCACACUCAUGCAUGGAGCGAGGCGCACAGACGAGGCAGUGGCACACGGAGACUGUAUCUGUGCUGCCUCACUUCUGUGACUCCAAACAGCACAUCCUGCAGGACCAUAACCUUGUGACUGAGUGACUGUGAGAGAGUCAUAAAACUUGUGCAGUCCACAGAGGAGCGCGUGUUCUUUUAACACAAGCUCAAACACGAAAAUCAUCAAAACUGGAAGUUACAAGGUUUUCACCCAACAGGGAGACUCAACCCUUUUUUUUCCUCCAAGUGGAUCUCUCUGAAGUCUAAAAGUGAUAAUGAGUGGGAGCUUGCAAUAAAGACACCCUUAUGCACACUGUACACAAAUGUGCCAACAUUCCCACAUACUUGUUUUGAUAUGCAGAUAGCUAUGAAAGAAAUCUGAAAACAUUCAUGCCCCCUUCUUACAAACACAUAAUACACUUUAGUUUACUUAACACCCACACACUCCUCGAAAGAAACCACAAAAGUGAGUACAUUUCAGAACAUUUCAACACAAACGCACAUCCGUGCACUUAGAGGUGCGCAUAGUGCUAUACACCCACGUAAAAAAGAAAAAAAAGAAAAAAAUUACUUAUACAUCCUCAAUAUCUGGACCCAAAAUAAUCUUCUCCUUAUGCAAUCUGCAUGUUAUAUAAUGCAUGGCCUGUCAUUAUCACAGCGCUCCUUCACGCCCUGCUGUGCCUCUCCACCUACAGCACCACGCAGACAGGCAGACACACACACACACACACCCUGCACCUUGUGUUAACAGUCAUAUACUCUACUCUAGCACUCCCACCCACGUUGAGUGUAUGCUCUCAAACAGCUACCCAGAUGAGUGAGAGGGAAAGACGGAGAGGAAGACAUAGAGUGGGUGGGGUAAGGAGACUGAAAGUGAAAGGCACAAAAAGGGAAAACUUACAGAAUGAAGUGUAAAUUCAUGCAGAGACAUGAUUAAAGAAAUCAUAUGUUGCUCAUAUAUACGAGUCACUUUUAAGGCUGAAUUUAAAAGGGGAAAAUUCUGUCUUGAACACUGAAGCGCAUCGUGGAUGCAGUAUUUUAGCAAGUGUCUGAGUUUACCUAACUCCACGUAACCUCAUUUAUGCGUUCAUUUUCUUUUCAAUUUUGUUUAACAAGUUUAUUUUCAGGAACUUAGAAGGCAAGAAAGCAUUCAGGCACGAUGUGUGAGGAAUAAUCACUCUCAUUGUCACUCCAAGUCACACCUAUUGGCAUACAAAAGCUUGCGUGUCUUUGCCAGUCUUGCAUGUCCUCUCAAGGAAUGGACAGGGAGUCACCUUAGUGCUGUCCUACUAUAAACUCAUACAGCGUCUAAUUUAGGAGGCAUAGUGAAAAGAGAAGCUGCGACAUUAGGUAAUUAUUCUGUGAACUUUAUUUCAUUAUGAAGUAGUUCUUCAUUUGUGCCAUUUUUAGUCAGUCAAAGGGACUUGCAUGUCUGCUGUUCCAAGAUCAGCACUCCCACAAUUGGAAUGGUAUGAGAAUUGGCUUGGGAGCUCAGCAGAGGAGCCAGGAGUGUGUGAUGAAUAAUCCCAAACACAGGCAAGUGUUUGAAUACAGUUGACACUGUGCCAGACUGCUUUAAGGUGACAGCACACCUGUUGAUCAGUGUGUCCUAAGAGAUGAAGGUGCAGGGAGUGGCAUUUCAUCGAUGAAUCUCCAUUUGAAUCUGCUUAUUUUUUAUGUUAACUGAAGAUAUGUAUAUGCUUAUAAACCAGUGUAUGUGUGUGGUCAAAAGCAAACUUACAUAUUUAAUCUGCCGGUUAUCCAAGUCUGUUCUUGCUCUUUGUAUAUAUACAGAUCGUUUUCCUUGGCCUUGACAUGCUAACCCUUGUGUAUGAUCAAGCAGUAUGUUCUCCUACUCCUCCACACUUCAUCUACAAUAGGGGUCAGUGACCUUUCAACCGGGCCACCCACCACUAACACCCACAGUUUUUUAGCCAAGCCUGCCGUUCUGCCUGCUGAAGCCCGUGCAAGUAAAAUUGCUCCCUCAGACAGACCCGGUGUGCACAAACAAUAGAAUGCACAGUAUUGGUUUUGGUGUCACUGUACUGAAGGUGUAACAUCUGAUACAUCCUGUAUCAAUAGUGACCUUAAACCCUAUCCGAAAGUGGGAUGUAUAUUACCUUUUCUAUCCGAGCACUCUUCCUACUCAUUUCGUCUCUUUUUCCCCCCCUUUGGUCUUGGAGAAUAUUAAAAUAACUCAUCAAAGCAUCUUUCACUAAUUUAAUUUAUCUUCUUUUUAUGAGCAGACAUCAUCAAAUUGAUGGGUGAUAAAGGUUCUCUCUCAAGUGGAUUUGGGACUUUCCUUGUAUUCAUUUUGAAACGAAGCAUUAAGCCCACUCAAUCAUAUUUCGAUAUAAUUUGCAGCACCCUCUAUAACAAACUGAAUAAGCAUGUGUUGAGUAAAUGACUGUGACCGUGUGUGGCUGGUUGGCAGAUUUGGUGUGGGAGGGGUUGUACAGCAAUAGCAAUAAUGGCAGUGUAUAGCAAUGUUGCCUUGAAUACCAGCAGUGAUAAAGGUACUCUAGACAGUAUAUGUGAAGCCAGUCUAGACAGUCUCUCUGAAAAUGAAUGGCACUUAAGCUACCAACAGGAGACCUGGCCAUGCUCUCUCCAUGGAGAUGUCAUCACUAUGUUUGCUUACAGCUUGCUGACAUUUUUGCUGCUAAACCAGACAACCAACAGAAACCCAGUUUGAGUGGCAGUCGCCAGGGGACAAUGCCAAAAACAACAAAACUUUGGAAUGAAAAGUAAUCCCCCUCCUCUUCAGCCACACACACGCACACACACAGACACUUGUCCUCUCCCUUUCAAGCUCUUUUCACCCCAUCAGACUUCAUCACCCUCCCUUUGGCUUUCCCCUAUUCUCCCGCCUCCACCCCACUCGUAAGCUGAUGAUUUCAUAGCAUGAGAGUACGGCUUGGAUGAAGGGCUCUGAGUCGGGUUAAUCAUGUCACUAAUUCACAAAUUCCAAAACUCUGACUGUUCUACCUGUGAGAGAAUGUACAUAAGAAGUUGGAGAUCUAAGUUAAAAGAAAAAGGAGCCUGUGAGGCCCAUGAUGGAAAAUACCAAAGCAUGACUGUGCAUCUGCAAUGCGUGACAUCACUGCUAUUGCAUAAGAAUUGUUUUCAUCUGACAAACACUAGUCAGUUGGUGUUUGUUUUGUGUGUUUUUAUAUCUUUGUGAACUAUUUGAUGCCUAGAAAUUGAAACCAAACUAAGUACUUGGUGGUUGAAAGCAUAUGUGGUGUAGAUGCUACAUUAUAGGCAAAUGAUCACACUGAGACAAUGGAAAAAUGCAAAAAUGAAACUUCCAUCAGCAGACGCUUUAAAUGUCAAUGAAUGACAAUUGCAUGACACCCGCCCCAGAGAAUGUCAGCCACAAGAUUUGCAGAAUACCUGUCAAGUUGUUUCGCGCUGACCCAUGUGUGAACACUUGUAUGUGAAGUGCACACUGAAGUAUUUACAGAAGUAAAGAGAGACAGACAGCAGCAGGCCACCACGGUCAAAGAAAGAGGAGCAUGAGGUGGAGAAUUUUUUGCUUCUGCUGACUGGCUGACCUGCAUGUAAUUAGUCAAGUCAUAUUUUUAACUGAUAUUGCGUAAAAGCCAGCUUAAGGAGCAAUAGCUGCCCUAUUUAUACCCUAGGGGCUAAUGGCCUGUACCACUACAUAGGGGGAUUUCCUCCCAGAACUAUACUAAGCCUGCCUUAGGCCGUACCAGUUAGGAUUCACAGGGAUUAACUCAGCAAUACAUUACAGACUUCACAUUGUAGUCUGCCAUACUCUCCUCCUAUUAACUCUGCUCUUGCAAUCUUCAGCAGUUAUAUUUUCAGUUGUCAUGUUUAGGAGUUUAUAUGUGAUGUUUAUUUUUGCUGGACUGUUGAUCUUAUUCAUACUAAAAAAAAAUAGCAAUAUAUUUAUUACUUUAUGCAGCUAUGAGGUGUACACAGCUGUCAUAAGUGAACAAAGAAUCAGUCUUAUGACUCUUUGCAUGCACGUUUUUGUGUACAUGGAGCCUGCCGUGUGUGUGUGUGUGUGUGUGUGUGUCUGUGUUUGUGUGUGUAGGGGUGUUAAUAGUAACUCCUGAGCCAUAAUCUGAUCUUCAUUAUGAUGAACCUGCUGCGGGCAGGGCUGCUGGCUCAUCCUGCUGAAGAAUGGGUCAGUGCCCUGAAGGCUGACCUGGCGUUUUGCCCAACAAGCCCGUAUCACCGUGUCCUUUUAUCAGCUUAGCCUGGCUUUUUGUAGAGUAAUCUGCUGCACAAAGCUAGUAGUACUCCCCCCCCACAACCCACCCCUCCCAUCCCACACCUCAACCUUACUCUACCACCACAGCUCAUCCUAAUAAAUGAGAAAAUUAUAACGAAUGAGAAUGUUUGCUAACUGGUCUACAAAUUAAUCAAGACGCUUGACCCCUACAGCAAAGGGGAUCCAGUGGAUCAGUUGCGAUGUGAUGGUGCGGUUUUAACCCAUUAAAAACCAUCCCAUUGCCUGUCCAGUGCUUGACUUAAAGGGAAUUGUGGGUGCAAAUCAAAACAAAGUUUAUAUAAAUAUAAAGUCUCUCUCUCUCUCUCUCUCUCUCGCUCUCUCUCUCUCUCUCUCUCUUCCUCUCCCCCCCACAUCUUCUUCUCUUGUCUCCUCUUCUCUUCCCUUUGUUCUGAUCUGUUACAUUCAGCAACAAAUUUCUGCUGCAUCAGACGUCCAUCAUAGAUCUUCUACCCAGCCUGAAACGUGAUCGGAUACUUAAUACAAGGCUACACAUGAGGAUGAGGGAGAGGUGGGGGUUGGUUGGGGGUGGGGAACCCCCACACUAAAUGUCAUUUUCUUAAAAAAAUGUAAAAAAAAGUAAAAUGUCCCAUGCUCUCUAAAUCCUCAACUGUAGAGGUCUUUAACCCCUCAUGGUACUUUACACUCCUGCUACGAUUUGUUGGAUGUAGUCUGACUCAUCUGACCUUUCUCAUCUUGGCCUGACCCCGUGUGUGUGUGUGUGUGUGUGUGUGUGUGUAGGUGUGUGUGUGUGAGAUGGACAGAUUAAAUAGUGCAAAGCUAGAGAGUGAGACAAGCAGAAACAGAAGAGACUGAGGAAGAGUACACCAAACGCCUUAGUGCUAUCAUAGUACCAUAAAUGAUUAACACGCAGUGUGUGUUUGUUGUGUUAAUAUUUGUAUAUAUACGUUUGAAUUUGCUUGUAUUUCAAAGCGUGCUACAUAAGUAGAAGACAACAGUCAUUUCUAUACCUCUGUCAUAGUAAAUACCCAGUGAUGAACCCAGUCCUAUUUCUUUCUCUUUCACUAUGACUGGGCUAUUACGUGUAAAUGUCUGUCAAAUACUGAAUAGUGUUUCAUAUAAAAGCUGACUGUGUUCAUAUGAUUUUAUUUACACCUGAAAAUUUAAAUUAUUUCCUUCUUUUUUUUUCCAAUAUGAAAGUAUUGCAUCUGCUAACUGACCUGGCUUUGUUGAUUUUAGUUUAAAAUCUUUUAUUUAAGCGGCAAGUUAUCUUGCAUAAUCAUCCAAUUUAUUGAAAUAAAAAAUAAAAAAAUAUAUGAAAUAAAGGUACAGUAAAUCAGCCAUUGUUUCAGAAAUUGGUUGCUUUUGUGUAUUUUUCAAAGUUGAAAUUUUCAAAACUAUUCGUUCAGCCUCCACAUCUCGUCUCGUCACAUCAGAAAGGCAAUUUGUCACUCUUUUAACUGAUUAGAAGGGCCUUGGCACACCCUUGUAAAUCAUUAUUUACAACUGCCUGCUGCUUGCUAUCUUGUCAGUCACUUACAUAUGUCACUUAUAUGUAAUAUGGUAUGUGUAAUUAUUAGCAACCUAUAGUAGUAUUAGUAAAGUAUAAUGAAUAAGUCUUAAUAUGCAAAAUAAUUGAACCAGUUUUCAAAAUCUGUGAGACUUAUUUUCCGUACAUUUAUUUUUUCUUUUCCGUUUUUUUUAUUAUGUCUUUGCUACACAUACAAGAAAUACCACACUCUUCUACGGUACUGACUGGCACAAAGGAAAUAUAUAUUUAAAAAAUGUAAAAAUAAGUGGAAAUGUUCGUGCAGUGCUUUAUGGUAAAUUACAGAGCGAUUUUUAUACGCCUUCUGUCAUUUCUGUCUGUCGGGCUACAGCCUCUCAUCCAAAUCACAACAGAUACGUCCCCUUGCAAUGCAUUGCUGAAAAAAACCAAAUCUUUUGGAAUGUGUUAUCCUACCUCUGCAGGCAUCUGCCACGAUGGUUUUUUUUUUCUUCUUCUUUGUGAUAUGCAGUGCCAUAAAACCGUUUCAUCUUUUUUCUUUUCUUUCUUUUCUUUCUUUUCUAUUGCAAUGAUUGGCCAACAAGUUACAGUGCAAGCGGUAAAGGCGUAAGUGCGAAUCCAUUCCAGUCAAUCUCCCACAUACAGUAAUGUGUAACUUUGCACUGUUGAAAGUGAUACACCAUAGAAAAAAAGUGCAUAUUUAAUUAUUGCUCUAGAUCAGAAAAAAAUGCAAAUGCACAGCUACAUUUAAGUUUCUUUUUUGUAAACAGCGACACAGGGACUUGUGAUUCAGAUUUUAUGUCCAUGUCCAUCACCAUAAAUAUAGUUUUGCAAGAUAAACUAUGGAUUUUGAGUAUUUCUUCAUAGCUCUUGUUAUAAUUACUGCUCCCGCUGUCAUAAAAAUGGGUUGGAAAGAAAUGCAAGACAAGUGAGAAACAAUUAUAAAAUAAACAUAAUGUAAUACAGCUUUUUUUAACAACUGCAAAUUAUGUUCUGUUUGUGAACUACCUUUGUUCCUACUAUACUUGGUAUAUUUUAUCUUUAUUCAUUAUGGCCUAGUGGAGCAGUCUACCUAAUAAAAAAAAAAUCUAAUUACCUUCAACAUAUUUUUUUCAAUUUUAUUUUUAAUGUAAAAUUUAGUUUCAUUUAAAGUCCUAAUAUAUGCCGUGUUGUUCUUAAUCUGCACCGCCUCAUGAAUUUACCUACAGUCUCUUGUGAUAUGAUUGUGAUACUCAAAUAACCCACAUAAAUUUAACAAUUGCUUUAGCAGACAGCACUCAUGCCCACACAACCUCGAUGCACAUCAUUUUCACUUUGAAAAAAAAAUACAAGUAAUGUUUUCUAAAUGUCAGAGGAGAUGCACUUGGCAGUUGUCGCCUGACUCUGAGAUUGUUUUAAUGUGGCCUUUAGGCUGAUUUUUGAACACACACCUACUUGUCUGAUUAGCUUUCCAUUUCUUUGAAGAUGAGAAGUUAGACAAGAUUAACUUCUGAUGUGCUGUUGGUGGGUACAAAUGGUUUGCUUAUAGAACUGUAAAGGAACAGAAAGAUUUCUUUUUUUCACUUAACCGUGAAUAAUGAUUUGAUUGCUUCAUUAAAUCCUUUUUUCUCUUGUGCUCCACUUUAUGUUCUUGUUUCUGAAUCGCAAUUUUGUGCUGAUAAUUAACAUAAGCUUGUUUGAGAUGAGGUUUGGCCCUGUUUCUUUGACGAGAAUCAGACAGGGUUAUUUGCAUAGUAUUGCGUUUUCAGUGCAGGGCCUGUUUAUUAUUUUUCAGAAGGCUUUAUCACUGACAGGUUUUUGAUUUCUCGCUGUGAAUGAAAUACACUGCUCGCGCCGAUACAGUCCUAAUAAGCCAUACCCGCUAUACCAACACACUUCACUUGUAUCGACUGAAUCACUGAAGCAAAUCAUUCAGAGCUCUCCUGCAGUGCUCCUGUUAGCGUACGAGCUUGAGUAUGAGUGUGUGUCUGUGAGUGUGUGUGUGUGUGUGUGUGUGUGUGUGUGUGCAUACAUAUGAAGUCAAAUCAAAUGUAUUCAUAAAAGCUCUUUGAACAAGCAGGUUCGCCAUAAAGUGCUUUGAUGAGAACAAAGGACACAAAUUCAGAUGAAACUACAGAUAAACAAAAAAGAGCAAGUAUUGUGUGUCUGUGUGUGUGUAUUUGUGUGUGUGCGCGCUUGAUGGAUGUGAGGUUUAGUUUUGAGUCAGAGGCAGCAGCAAAAGCCUAAGUCUGAGAGUGUGUGUAGGAUGAGCCUCCUACCACGUCCCUCCCUGUCUCUCAACAGUCUCUGCCUCCCCUUUAUCCCUCCCUUACUUUAAUGUGGCAGUAUGUCUUCUGAAAUAUGUUCACACGUAUAGAUGAAUGAUUUUCAUUACUGAUUUAUUUUAUUUUAUUUUAUGUAUUUAAGAUUGGGUGUACAGUAUAUAAUCUAUAUGGGCUGCAUCCUCGAUUGUGUGUGCAUAUAUAUAUUUAUAUAAGUGUACACACACAUAUAUAUAAAUAUAAAUAUGUAUACAAUGUAUACAUAUAUGUGUAUGCGUGUGUGUGUAUAUAAGUGUAUGCAUGUUUGUAUCCCUCACAGUGAUUAAAGCAAGUGGGCGGCAGCAGCAACUGGUCUGCCUGUGUGGCUCAGCAUAGCAGACAUGUUUCUCACUGCUAGAUAUUACUCAUUUCCUCAGCCCUUUGCACACACAAGCAUAUACACACUCACUUGACACACACGUACUCAUAUACACAACAGACACAGACGGAUAGCAGGCUCUCAGUUUUUUCCCUCAGUUUGGUGGGCUCGCUGGUGCUAUUUCAUGCGUACAGAGAUCAGAGGCAGUGUGUAGCUGGAAGCUGCUGAUAUCUGCGGGUGUUGUAACUGGCUGUAGUGCUUUGGAGAAGCAGUGUAGCACAGUAAGGAGCUGAGGAGUGGGUUGACCCUCUGGGAGGACUACAAUAUGAAUGACUGCCAACUCCGGGAUGUCUGCUUAGCCUGCUGUAAGGUGAGUGGUGCUUCAGCACAAGAGAAUCCACAGUGAUCUGACAGUGAUGCUGUGUGUCAGCUUUCCCCUCUGUCUGCACCCCUCUUUCUCCCGUGAGGCCCAUGUGACCUAGCCUACACCCAUAAACAGGGGGCCCCCACUGCCGCUGGAGCCCACCCAUGAAUCCCAGCCCUGACCGCGGCAAAGAGUGCCUCCCUCCGAAGAAGAGGGAGUCUCGCCAAGGAUCAGCAGAACACCACAUCCCCCUGGAUGAGUUUAAACCCCCUGUACCUCUGCGGAGUCGGUCCAGUAUAGGGAGAGGAGAAGCCAGUGAAAGGGACCGUGUCCAAGCAAAUCCGAACCCGCAUCUCCUACAUACUCCUCCACCCCUUCCUGCUCCAAUACCAGGCCUCCCUGUGCCCAUACCAUGGACCCUAAGCUAUUCACCCACUGUUUCUCUUCCGCUCUUCACAGGGCAGGUCAGCGAAAGGAGGGGCUCAGGAUCACCCGCUUGGAGAGAUGAUCCUCUUUCCUCAUCCCUGCCCCAUCACUCCAGGUGGCUCAGAGGGGAGGUUCCCCUUUCUCUGCCACCUUCUCCAUCAUCCUCCUCUACUUCAUCCUUUAAGACUCCCUUCCCAGCCAGUCCCAGAGAGAUGUGGUCCUAUAUUAACAGCGGUCGGCGGGACUAUAGCUCCUCUCUCUUUUCCCCAUCAUACCUGUUUGGCCACCACCCUCUCUACUCCCAAGAACCAAGCUUAGUUGAAGUGAGACCCAGGUACUUGGGAAAGCGGCCCAAUGGCCUGGAUGGGUCAGGCAGCAGGACUGCCUCAGCCUCUAGGCCUCUGCUCACAGGAGACUAUGGGAAUGAUAGCAGCAGAGCCCAGCUUGAUAUUAGUCCACACAGCUCCCAUGCCAAUGGUGGACGGCGACAGCAGGAGGAUCUAACAACACGUAUCCAUUCUGGAGGGCCAUUUUUGUCAGACUCUCAAGCUCAGGGGGCCGCUGAGCCACAUUCCUCACUGCAGGAUAGACAUCUGCCUGGAAUAGUUAAGACCAGCUCCAAUUUGCUUUCUCUCAGUCCCCAUCCUCUUGGACCAGACUCCAGGGCAAGUAGAGGGGGACUAUUGGAUCACCUAGGGGCCACACCAGCUGAAACCCAAAUCAUCUACUCCUUGGGAUCGGCAUGUCCCUCCAGCCCUCAGGCUCAAACCUAUCCACUCUACAGCUCCUCAGGAACAAGUCUUUACAGCCUGCACAGGGAGCCAGGCCCCAGACAGCACAACUAUAGGAACUCACCACACUCACCACUGGGUCUACCUAACAGCCAUGACAGGCCACAAAGAGACCAGGACAGAGACCAAGAAAGAGACAAGGUCACACAAAGGGAGAGGGAGCGCAGUACAGAUAAAGAAAAACAGAAGCAAUCACAGUAUGACAAAGACCAAGAAAGAGACAGUGAGCGUGAGAGACGACGGGACAGAGAAAGAGACAGAGGGAGAGAUUUGUCUCCUUCCCAUCAUCACCCAUCUCCCCCUGCACUCCUACCUCACUUCACCAAGGGUUCUUUGAUUGAGCUAGCCAGCGGGCGACUGAAGCGGGUGGAGGAGCUGAGGACUGAGGACUUCCUGAGGAGUGCAGAUAGCUCCCCAGAAUUCCACCUCAGCACCUGCACCGUCCUGCAGAUUUCCCCCAGUAGUACACAAGGCUUCAGUCACCUGCAUGUCCAUCUCACAGACCGCAACACUCAGGAGUUACUGAAGGUCUUGGUGGAGUAUCCGUUCUUUGUGCAAGACAGAGGCUGGUCUUCUUGCUGUCCCCAGAGAACCACACAGCUGUACAGCCUGCCCUGCCGCCAGCUCACAGAGGGUGAUGUCUGCUUGGCCCUCACCCCCACCCCGACCCAUCGGACACACACUCGUACCAGCUCCAGGACCCAUCGCACACAACUACCCUCGAGGGCUGCAGCAGAAUCCAGCAGUUCGCACAGGGAGGAGAUGCCACCACCACCUCCUCCUCCCCCUCUGCCUCAACACCCACACCCAACCGUGCCGGCCCCUCCAAGCGCUCUGGCCCGAGAGCCCUUGGCUAAGGACCAGCAGCGCCCACGCAAACGGCGCUGGUCUGCCCCAGACACCCUUCCCUCAACCAGAACUGAUGAAAGCCUCCUGGAUUUACCUCAUGGCUCCAAGCUAAUGAAGUGGCAGUAGAACUCUGCACAUGCAUACUUACACAUACACAGGCGCACAUACACACCCUCCUUGUCUCUGUUGCACCAACCAAGACAAACAAUGGAGAGACCUCAAGGCAGGGUUGCAGGGAAGGAAAUUUAAAAAAUACAUAUAUAUAUAUAAACAACAGAAAACACAGUUUGCAGGUGUCCAUACUGCUGCCCAAAUGAUAGUCAACUCUAUUAAGGCCCCUUCCUCCACCAUUCUUUCCUUUCAUUACCCUUUUUCCUUUCCUUUCCUUUCCUUUCUAUCCCUCAUAUUUAACUUAGCACAGCCCUGAAAGGAGCAGCAGCUGAAGAUUCUCUGGAUGGCUGCUUACAAACACUGAUGACAUUUAGUGAGACAAUCAAGCACUUGUGUGUUCACUCUGUUUUUGUAAUGGUUGUUGUCCCCCACACCUACUUACCGAAAGUGUUUGCUGCAGGGUAUUUUCAAUCAGUGUUAUGAAAGUUAAUGCUACUGAAGAAUUGCAGAUAUACAUGAACAAAAAUUGACUAUAUAUAUAUUGCAUUACAGGUGUUAUAUACAGUAAAUAUGCUAAACAGAUUUAAUGCAAUCUCUCCGUCAAUUUUGCAAUGCAUUUUUCUUUUCUUUUUCUUCUUCUUUUCUUGCUUCUGAGCCGAUGCCUACGGGUCGGCCUGGGCAGGCAAGGUGAAUGUACGAGCAACUCUUAGCCUUUUUUUAUUCUCAUCACUGGGAGUCAUUUCAAACGGUUGUUCGUCAAGGCAUUACUCUCCAAUAUGUUCUUAACAUUAUCUCUGAGAAAGGGAGAACACUAAUGAAAACUGCGUAACAGACAAUCCCACCCACACAGACAGGUCUGUGCCACAUCGCCUCGACACUCAUGGUGUUUUUCCAUUAAAAACUGAAUGAUGGAAAGAGUAAAAAAGUGCAGUAUGGCUGAAGAGUAAUGGUGCUAAUAACACGUUGGAACAUGAUGCUUUGUGAAUACUCUUGACCCCUGUGUACUGUACGCUUUUGUUCCCAUCUCAUUUUUUAUGUACUGUAUAUGUUUGAAGGCAGGGAAAAUGAUGAAAGUAUUUUAAACUCAGAUACGGGUAUUCUCUGAUUCAGCACACUCUCUCACUUUAGUUUGUGGUUUUUUUUUAUUUUCAAAAAUUUGAUUUUUCUUUUUAAAUGUUAUAGCUACAAAAAAUGUAUAUUUUUAAAAAUUGUGAAUGUUAUAUGAUGUUGGC